AUGGUACUUCAUGUUCAGAGGGACACUUUCUGGCUGCUUCCUACCAUUUUCUUGACACUGCUCCUGCAGCUUCCUGCUUCUGUGUGCAGGACAGACGAGCUCAUCUGCUUCCACAAAAUCAGCCCCAGCCUCAGGAGAGAUGGGGACCUGGUCAUUGCAAGCUUUCUCUCUCUGUAUUCAGUGAAAGUCAGUCAUGUCACAGGAGCAGCACUUUUUACAAAUCAGCCUAACAAAGACUGUAGGAAUUAUCAGUGGCUGCAUAAAAACUACCAGCAGGCCAUGACCAUAAGGUUUGCUGUGGAGGAGAUCAACAGGGACCCUUUUCUGUUGCCCAACAUUUCUCUGGGAUUCCAGGUCUACAAUGCCUACCACAGUGAUGAGAGGACCUUGGAGAGCUCCCUGCGGUGGUUGACAGGAGGUGGUCAGCUAGUCCCUAACUUCAGCUGCAGAGGGCAGGACAAGUCUGUGGCUGUCAUUGGAGGAGCCACAUCAGCUCUGUCUGUCCAGAUGGGGACCCUGUUUGAGCUCUACAAGUUCCCACAGCUUACUUUUGGCCCUUUUGAUCCCAUCCUGAGUGACAAGGCCCAGUUUCCUUCUCUCUACCAGAUGGCUCCCAGGGACUCCUCCUUGCCUCGAGGUGUUGUCCAGUUACUGGUACAUUUUAAAUGGACCUGGGUAGGUCUGGUGAUCACAGAUGAUCUCAGAGGUGAGGAAUUCCUUUGGAAAGUGACAGGGGAGAUGGCAAAGUAUGAUGUCUGUGCAUCCUUCACAGAGAAGAUCCCUGUCAGUGAGAGACGACAUGAAGAAUCAAAGGAGAAUUUCAUGUCCAGGAUCAUGGAAUCUUCAGCCAGGGUGAUUGUGAUUCAUGGUGAUACAGAUUCAUUAAUGAUUCUGAGACAUUCACAAUGGCUCUUUUUGCCAAUAUAUAAGGUGUGGAUCACCACUUCUCACUGGGAUAUCACCAUGAGGCCCAACUCUGUUGAUAAUUACAGUUUCUAUGGAGCUCUCACAUUUACAUACCUGACCAAUGAAGUUCCUGGUUUUAAGUCUUUUCUCAGGUCAAUCAACCCUAAUAAAGACCCAGAGGACAUUGCACUUAAAGAGUUCUGGUUGUCAGCUUUCCGGUGCCAGGAGGAAUAUAUAAAGCUUCAGCUAAAGCAAUGUGCACCAAAUGCCUCCUUGGAGGCUUUGCCUAUAUUCCUUUUUGACAUGACCAUGUCUGGUCUCAGUUACACCAUCUACAAUGCGGUGUAUGCUGUAGCUUGGGCCCUUCAUGAAAAGCUUCUGAGGAAAUCAGAGAUUGCAUCUGAGGAAGGUGGAGAAAUCUGGGUGCCUCCUCCUUGGCAGCUCCACUCCUUUCUGAAGGAUACUCACUUUAACAACAGUGCUGGUCACCAGGUAUUUAUGGAUGAGAAAAGAAGCUCUGAGGCUCAAUAUGACAUUAAGUACUAUGUGAUUUAUCUUAAUGCUACUGAAUUUCUUCUGAAAGUUGGCCAAUUUCUCCCCAGUGCUCCACCUGGUCAAGAUUUCACCAUGUGUGAGGAAGCCAUCGACUGGGGAUGGAUAGAUUCAAAGGUUCCCUGAUCUGUGUGCAGUGACAACUGUGGCCCUGGAUAUAGGAAGACACUUGAAGAGGGAAAGCCUAUUUGCUGCUUCAGCUGUUCCCAGUGUCCAGAGGGGGAGAUUUCCAAACAAAUUGGGAACAAUAUGGACCACUGUGAGAAGUGCCCAGACGAUGAACAUCCAAAUAAGGAGAGAGAUCACUGCAUCCUAAAGGUUAUGACCUUUCUGGAUAUUGUAGAACCUUUGGGGAUGACUUUGGCAUUGAUAGCUGUUUCCUUCUCUCUCACAACAGCCCUGGUCCUCUGGGUGUUUGUGAAGUUUCGAGACACUCCCAUAGUCAAGGCCAAUAACCGGGCACUCAGCUAUACUCUUCUCAUCUCCCUCACUUUCUGUUUCCUUUGCUCCUUGCUCUUCAUUGGCCGUCCCACUGCAGCUACCUGCCUCCUCAGGCAAACAACUUUUGGAGUUGUCUUCACUGUGGCCGUGUCCUCCAUUUUGGCAAAAACCAUUAUGGUGGUUCUAGCCUUCAGGGUAACAAGACCAGGGAGUAGAAUCAGGAUGUGGGUGCAAUCUAGGGUGUCCACCUCUGUUGUUCUCAUCUGCUCUGGCAUUCAAGUAGUUCUCUGUGGCAUCUGGCUGGGAACUUCUCCCCCUUUCCCAGAUCUGGACCCACACUCUGAAACUGGUCAUAUCAUCAUUCAGUGUAAUGAGGGCUCUGUCAUUGGUUUCUACUCUGUCCUGGGCUACAUGGGCUUCCUUGCUCUGGGAAGCUUUACCAUAGCUUUCCUGGCCAGAAGCCUACCUGACACUUUCAAUGAAGCCAAGUUUAUCACAUUCAGUAUGUUGAUGUUCUGCAGUGUGUGGAUCUCCUUCCUCCCCACAUACCAGAGCACCAAGGGCAAGGCCAUGGUUGUUGUGGAGAUCUUCUCCAUCCUUGCCUCCAGUGCUGGGCUACUGGGCUGCAUCUUUAUUCCCAAGUGUUAUGUGAUCCUGCUGAGGCCAGAAAGGAACACGCAGGAAGGGAUAAAGAAAAAAUUGGAUUCCAAAGGCAGAAAUUAUUCUAGGAUAUUGCCGAAGAAUUCCUGCCAGAGACGUAAAAGAUUUUAA